GCCACCACUGGAAAACUAUCUGGCAACGCUGACUGCAGGCGUAUUAUUUAUCUCCAAUUUACGCACGAAAACAAGAGGAAACAAAGACAUUCCCGGAGAUAAGAGGCCCCCACUCCAUAACCAAACACCCGAGAUGUCGACGACGGCGCGACCUCCUUCCCUGCGCCUGGGGCAGCAGGACCUGAAGUGCCGCACGGGCUGCGGAUUCUACGGGACUCCCCAGAACGACGGGCUCUGCUCCAAGUGCUACCGCGAGAAGUUCCACGAUAAGCAGCGGAAACUGAAGCAGAAGGCAGGCGAAUCGGGCCCGGGAUCCUCCACUGCUUCCUUGGAUCGGAGAUCCCCACAGCAUGGACACAGUCAUGGGAAAGCGGAUCAGCAGCCGGUCAGGAAGGAAGAUCCUUCGGGAACUCUCCAAAAGAAAAAGUUCACCACUGUCUUGCAGAAGACCCUUCAAGCCGGAGCCCAAAAAAUAACCCAGCAACGUGGUCACGUGCCCGAUCCCACUGAUGGCCAGUUCCUGCUCCAGUUGCGCCAGCUACGCAUCCCCGACGAUGGCAAGCGCAAGCUUAAGCUGGAAAUCCAGCGCUUGGACGCCGAAAUUCGAAAGUACAUGAACGGAAAUGGCAGCAAAAACAUUAAUGAACUCUCGGAUUUGGUGCAAAAUGCCUACACUAAAGUCUCUGACCUCGUGCACAACGAUCCCAGCUUCGAGAUAGCCACCAACGAGGAUCGCGAUAGUGCCAUCGACUUCUUUGAAAAAGUGGUCAUGACGCAGAACCACAAAUUCCUCUUUAGUCCCUAUUUCACAGCCGAUGAAGACAGCGAUGUAAAGGUUCAGAAGCGCAUUCGCCAGCUGAGCUGGAUUACGGCCAAGCAUCUGGACUGCAGCAUCGAUGAGGUCAACUCGGAGGCCAGGGAUCUGGUCUACAAUGCCAUCUCCGAGUUGGUGGGCAUCGAUUCGUAUUACUCGCCCCAGGAGAAGCUGCAGUGCACUUGGCGCUGCUGCAGGCACAUCUUCGAGCUCCUAAAGCGAGCCACGGGUGGACCUGCGAGUGCUGAUGACUUUCUGCCCGCCCUGAUAUUCGUUGUGCUUAAGGCCAAUCCUGUGCGACUGCACAGCAACAUAAACUUCGUUACGCGCUUCACUAACGCUGCCCGGGUGAUGAGCGGAGAGAGCGGCUACUACUUCACCAAUCUCUGCUCGGCCAUUGCCUUUAUUGAGAAUCUGAAUGGCGAGAGUCUGGGCAUCAGUGGCGAGGAGUUCGAGGCCUUGAUGUCCGGUCAACAGGCCUACAGUACGCCCUGGGAGAGCGCGCUGUUGGCCUGCGAGAGUCUGCACCUGAUAUCCGAGAACAUGAAGCGGAUGGAGAAGCUGCAGGAGAGAAACGCGCUGAUCAGCUCCGGCCUUACUUCCUUUGAAAAGGAGCUAAUUGAUUUCCAAAGAGAGGUGACCGAGCGAGUGGACACGGUGAUUGCCAAGGCGCCACUCAACCUGCUUCCCAUCAAAACACCCGCCUUUCUGAUUGGCCAGGCCCGGGCCCACCUCCUCAACGAAAGCGAAGCCGGUCAUUAUCAGGCGAAUGUGCUGAGCGGCGGCGGCGGUACGUUGACCUCUCAAUCGCUGACUGCAGUUGGUGGCCUGGCAAAGCCUUCAUUAGCCCCUGAAGACGCUGGAUUAUCCCUGAAGGACACGAGUAUGGCUUCAAUAGGUCGUCUGUCGCCGCUACAGCAGAAUAUUCAGCCAGCCGACAACCUGUUUGCUUCUCCAAUCUUCAACUACACCGCUUUUGAUUCCGUUUCCCUUCUGGAGGAACCCUCCUCCUCCGAUGUGCUCAUGCUGGGCUCCGAGUUCCAAGGAGGUCUGACCAACAUCAACUACGACUUUGAUUUGUCCGAUCAGAGUGGCGAAAACAGCACGGCGGAAGAUCCUAAGCUGAAUCUCGACGAAUUCGACCCAUUGGCGCAAAGGGGGCCAGUUACCCAGCCGCCCUCGGCUCUGCCGGAGACCAGUCUGCUGGACAGCACCACGGAUAGCCUGAUAGACAGCGAAGUGCCCGGGACAGCUGUCCUGCUUCCAUCCCCUUUGAAGCCCGAGGUGGCCAACUAUCGGGGCUUCUCGAAUUUCGAUAUCCCCAGUAUCACCUGCAACACGGGAGACUUCAGUUCGCUGGGACAGGAUGGCGCCGAGCCCCCCAAAUAAUUGCCUAAGGCACCCAGUUCCGUGACCUCCCGGCAGCACCUACACGAAUGUAAAUAGAGAUAAGUGGUAUAUAUUGUAGCUAGCCCAUUGCUUCAGUUGCACAUAUUUAUUUGUACAAUUAAAUAGCUUUACAGAAAGGACUUCAAAUAAAUGCAAAAAAAAACCAAGGAUUUACAAUAAAA